AUGCCUCUCGCUCGUGAUCUUUUGCAUCCCGAUCCAGCCGAAGAGCGACAAAGACACAAGUUGAAACGGCUCGUCCAACAUCCCAACUCAUUCUUCAUGGACGUCAAAUGCCCGGGUUGCUACAAGAUCACGACUGUUUUCUCCCACGCCCAAUCGGUUGUCGUCUGCGUUGGAUGCAAUACCGUCUUGUGCCAGCCAACCGGAGGAAAAGCCAAACUCACAGAAGGGUGCUCGUUCCGAAAGAAGCAACAU